AACACGCUUUCAAUAAUGAUGGCUGCUCGUGUCUCUUGGGCUGUGCUAUUUCUCCUGGUAGUGCUGAGGACGGUAACGGACGCGGAUACCGGUUCUGCUAAAGACAAUGGUGAACAAGCUGGUCAGCCUGUGGCACAGUCGGAUGACUCCAAUAAUCCUAAUCAUGUGCAAAAGCUAGAAAAUAUGUUACCAAAAACAAAUACCAACGCCAACUCAGUCCAGGAUCCGGCCAAGGCAGCCCAGGAUCCGGCCAAGGCAGCCCAGGAUCCGGCCAAGGCAGCCCAGGAUCCGGCCAAGGCAGCCCAGGAUCCGGCCAAGGCAGCCCAGGAUCCGGCCAAGGCAGCCCAGGAUCCGGCCAAGGCAGCCCAGGAUCCGGCCAAGGCAGCCCAGGAUCCGGCCAAGGCAGCCCAGGACCCGGCCAAGGCAGCCCAGGACCCGGCCAAGGCAGCCCAGGACCCGGCCAAGGCAGCCCAGGACCCGGCCAAGGCAGCCCAGGACCCGGCCAAGGCAGCCCAGGACCCGGCCAAGGCAGCCCAGGACCCGGCCAAGGCAGCCCAGGACCCGGCCAAGGCAGCCCAGGACCCGGCCAAGGCAGCCCAGGACCCGGCCAAGGCAGCCCAGGACCCGGCCAAGGCAGCCCAGGACCCGGCCAACUCAGCCCAGGACCCGGCCAACUCAGCCCAGGACCCGGCCAAGGCAGCCCAGGACCCGGCCAAGGCAGCCCAGGACCCGGCCAAGGCAGCCCAGGACCCGGCCAAGGCAGCCCAGGACCCGGCCAAGGCUGCCCAGGACCCGGCCAAGGCUGCCCAGGACCCGGCCAAGGCUGCCCAGGACCCGGCCAAGGCUGCCCAGGACCCGGCCAAGGCUGCCCAGGACCCGGCCAAGGCGCCUAAUGGAGAUGAAAAGAAAAUACCUACUGAAGAUGAUUUUGAUGACAAUGAUGACAAUGAACUGGUUCCUGGUGAAGAUACUGUUGAUCCUUUAGACACAGACAAAGCAGAACAAAAUAAUGAGGAUACUGACGUAGAUGAGCGAAAGGAAGAUACACCGAUGGAUGAUGAGGUUGAAGAUCUAGACCAAAACACAGAUUUGAAGAGAAUACAACUUGGUGAUCAACUUGUUGAUGAGUCAGAAAGUAGUCAUUUCUUUGCCUACUUAGUAACUUCAGCCAUCUUGGUAGCAGUUCUGUAUAUUGCUUACCACAAUAAACGAAAGAUCAUCGCAUUUGCACUGGAAGGGAAACGCGCCAGGGGUGGCAGGCGGCCAAACUCCGGGGAAUACCAGCGCCUAGAACACAAGAUCUGAAGUCCUGUCUCUGCGUGUCCGAAAUCCCAGAUCCCUACAACACCAGAAUCUGCGCCGUGGAUGUUCCUCGGUCACCGAGCACUUCAUGAUUGCACCUUGUGCAUAUUUACACGAAAAUGAAUUUGGCACAAUUUCGUAAUUCUUCUUGUUGUUUUUGUAAAAAUGCCACUUUCUCCUUUCAUGUACCCAAAAUACCCUAAAUCAUUUUACCCAGAAUGCUUAAAGUCCCCUCCACGUUUAAAGCGUGCGCAGCGUUUGCACUAAUGCUGAUUUCAGAUGGAACACUGGCUUCCAAAUUGCAAAAAAAAAAACCCCAAAAGACGGGUGCAAAUACAAACUUAUUGAGAAUUUCACGGAAAUUAUUAGCGCUUUUUUCAUUUUGUUUAUUCUUUUUUUUUAGAAAUAAUUUUUGCGACCAAAAUUGGUGUUAAUUUUGUGCUCAAUGUGUGUGUAGUUAUGAUUGUCUGGAAGGCAGGCAGAAAGAGAAAUGUUUGAUAUAAAGAUUAUUUCACUCACUGUUUCCUGUUUAAGGAACUUUAGUAUCCUAGCUACAUUUGUGGUAAAUUUGUGUUUAAAUUUGGCAAAGGGGGCAGAUUCUAUAGAAAGUAAUCUUGUGGGGUUGUUCUAGUCUAAUCUAUGAAAUAGUUGAAAGAAUUAUCUUUUUAUAUAUAAUGUGAGUUUUAGAGGCACUAUGUAUAUAGGAAUACACUUAUUUUAUGGCGAUGGGGGGGUAACCGCUGAGCACGGCUAUCCAAAUCGCUUCUAAAGGGAUGUCGGCCUGCUGACGUUUCAGCUUUUUGGUUUUUAUUUUUGUGGAAAUGGCGUUCUGUUAAAGUCAACAUUGUUUGUAGGCCAGUAAUGGGUUGGCCGUCCUCGCUAUUCGGUUACCAGUCUUAGUAGACGAUAGGAUGAGCAGUAGGAUACGACACGGUUGUGCAGGUGGAUGCAGCGCAGUUCCAGGUGCCACCUUUCAUUAACGAUAUGGCCGAAUAGUACUGUAACUUUUAAGUGCAAUAUGUGUUUGUGUUUUUAAUCUGUUUUGUGAUUUAGUGUCAUACAAGCCUAAACAUUGUCCUGUAUGCCCACGCUUAAUUAUGUGCUAUUUAUACGCAUUAGAAAUGAUAUUUUUAAUGAACAGGUAAUGUAUGUCAGUGAUUACCUCUGUGGGCUUUGUCUCAGGUGUGUUGUUUGUUAGGAUCGGUUGAUCUGCAUGUUUACAGGACAUUAUGUAGGUGGCCACGUUGGUCGACUUGUGUUCCUUUUAUUGGGCAGCAUAGAAAAAGAUGUACAGUCACAUUUGUGUACCUAGGAGGCAUUUUCAUCUGAAGAAGAGACCUCUGAGAUCCCAAAAGGUAAUGUCUUUUCCUGUGUUGGCACAAUGAAAGGUAUCAUUUGCCGGAUAUGAGAGGCUCAUACUGUACGUGGUUUAAUGGAUCACUCCUGCUCAGCUGCUGUGGAUUUCAGUUCCUUUAUAUUUUUAUCGCAUGCUAUUUAAA